CGUGUUCCCGCAGUGGCACCACGCGAAGAAGAAGGGCACCGGCAAACGGAGAGAAGAGGCGCGAGAGGUGGUACGAGCACCUUUCUCGCAUACGGCGCUCGCUGUGGAAUGGCAAAAAAGAGAGGAGGCCCUGUGACGUCACGCGGUUCGCGCGGCGGUGCCGCUAGCCUCUCACUUGGUAGCCGACGUUCGACACGCUCGGUUCGGUCAUCGUGGUCGUCGGCUCCGUCCGUCCGCCUCGUCCCGACUUCGAUUCGAUCUGUCCGCGAUCUCUCGCGAUUUCUUGCACGCGCUGCACUUUCGAAAAAAGAACAACGAAGAAAGGAACGAGAGAGAGAGAAAAGAGACAGGUGGUUGGUCCGACUCGGCGAAUCGUUGAUCAGCGUCGUCGGCGGUCAUUUGUCCUCACGCGCAGGCGUCCGGAAGUAUCCGCGGAAACGACGAUUGUGCGAUCACGGGGUGACACAAGGGUCACGCGCACGCGCGUGCGUGCAUGCGCUUCGCCGGUUGUAAUCGUUCAUGAGUUCUGUUUCGCGUUUGGUGGUGAACAGUUUUGUAUUUUCGUUUCUUGAUUGUGCCAUGAUACUCUGGAUAUGAUACCGGAUGGAUUAAACUGUCGUCGAGGAUAGAUUCGCGAGGACGCGAGGAUGCGAGGUUGCGCGGGGGGCGGAAAGGCGCGGACUGCUGGUGCUGCAAAGACACUGAGGUCUGCGACCGUCACAGGAAAUGACCAUGACGAGCGUGGCUGUCGCCCCGGGUAGCCUCGGCGCACCACCAGCUAUGCUCACCCCGAAGAUGUAUCACCUGCAACAGGGUCUGAGCCCGACGUCCGGCUUGCCCUCCUCCGGCAAGAGCUACGACACCCUGAGCAAGGGCAAGAAAUCUUGGAGCGUGCGGCUGGGUUUGUCGCGGCAGCAUCAGAAUCCCGGCGAUGACCCCAGCAGGAACGGGUGGUGCACCAUAAGUGGCGGCAGCGUGCUCUCCCGCCAAAUGGUCUAUAGUGGCGAUCCGUGGCUGUAUGGCACGGUCAGGUCAUCGAGGCCCGCGAGUCUUGGUCACGACCCGCCGCGACCCUUCCUGACGCCGCCACCCCCGGGCGUGACGCCGCUGCUCGUGGUAUGUUCCUGUCCGGAGUUCCUCGCCGGCACCGUCAGGAAGCUCGGCAGCUGUCGCAAGUGCGGCGGCCACCGGGUGGCCGGGCUGCCCCUCGGCGGAACUUGCCGGCUACCACCGUCCUCGCGAUCUCGGCCGAGCCUCGCCGGCAUCCUAAGGGCUUCGAUCGAUGAUCCGUAUGAUCAGAUGCGACGAAACCGGCUGGUGGAGCCGAGAUCGCGGGCGCGCAGCAUCUCACCGCAUCGAUCGACCUCGCAGCGAGAUUCCAGGAGCCAGAGCGUAGCCGCGCGAGCUGCCGUAAAAGAGCGGAAGGGUCCGAUCGAGGGCACGACAUCGUCGUCGUCGUCGUCGCGGUCCGAAUGGUUCGACAAAGAGCCAAGCGUGGUUACCGGUUACGACGAUCGCAAAUCGCGACCUGGUUUUACCAGCGCCGCUGGCGGCGGCGCGUCUUCGGAUGAUUGGUUGAAGCUGGAAGAGGCCUCGGAGAACCACUCGCGAAUUCAUUCCGCCGCGACGACGUCCGCGAGACUCGCCCACGUUCCAAAGAAGCCGCCGAGGGAGACGAGUCAGAGGAGGGCCAGUCAGGGCGACUGGAAGAACGGCACGACGCCGCAGUCGAAGGGUCAACCGGAUUCGCGAAAGAGCAUUCUCGAGUGCGACGUGAAUCCGUACCUCUUGCUGAAGAAGCAGAAGGACGAGGAUGAUUUGAGCGACGAUCUGUCGGACAACGCGCUGGAGCAGGACGAUCUCAGGACAACGGCAUCGUCCAGUUUGUUCGACCCGUCGAAGGUAAAGUCGAUUGAGAGGAUACCGAACAGGAGCGCUGUGGCGGCGAUUGGCGGUCAGCGGAUCAGAGUGUUCAACGAGAGGCCCAGGGAGAUCUCAGACGACGACGACGAUGUACCACCACCGGUUACGAGAAUCCCGAUACCGAAGGUGUCACCGAAAAGACCGCCUAGACGACUGAAGGAGGCCCGGCAAACGUUGAAGAGCAUCCUAAAGCGCGGCCGAGUAAGCGAGAGCAAGAGGAAGAACGUGCUGUUCAAUGUCGACAACGUGAUAUUCGCACCUGAGAAACCGUCCGAGGCGACGCGAUUGUCGUGGAGCAGAAUUGGUAGAAUCGCCAACUGCGGCAAGGAGAAGAGGGACAACAGUCCAGAACCUGAGGAAAAAGAAGCACCAAUCGUACCGCAGGAACAGCAGGAGAAACACAAUUUCAUCACAAUCCCAAACAUCAAGGACCCGAAGGUCGAUAGGAUCAGGUUCCAGGAACCGAGAAUCGUGCCGGAAGUGAAGAAGACUGCACCGCCUGGUCCCGACAGGAUCAAGAUAGACAAAUUCGUUCCAUCCAGGAAGCUCGAUCGGCCAAUAGCGUCGAAGAAACGGGUGGAGAUCCGUGAAUCGCGAUCUUCGUUCGAGAACGCGCUCUCCUCUUCGGAGAUUGACGUUCCCAAAGAAGAGGAAAGAAUAAUACCGGAAGAGAGGACGAUUAGGUCCGAAGACGAGACGGAGCUGGAGAUCGAGAUCGAAGAGUUGAAGGACCGUCUGCCUGGCAUCGCGGUGGACGAAAAGGAUCUGAUCUUAAAGUCCGAAGAGAACUCGAGAAAAUCCUUCUUAACGCGAAGCCAAAGCGACCGGUCGUUCAGCAGACCAGAGGUAUCGGCAAGCAAUGUAUUGUUCUCAGACACAAUGCGUCUCAGCCUCAGCAAAAAGAUCAAGGAGCCGCAGUCAUCGACCAUUGAUACGCUCACAUGCGCAAUUUCGCACGAGGCCGCCGACGAGGAAAGCCCAAAAGGAAAGGGCGGGACAGAGGAACGUGAAGAAGAAGUUAGAGUCUGCGACGAACUUAAGAAACCCGGCUGCGAGGUCGAGGCGAACAAGGACGUUAGGAAGAUCCCCGAGAAGAUCACCGAUAACGGCUUUCAGAAGGAGGCCGAGUCGCCGCCAGAUGCACGUAGCGAUAUUUCUGACACGAGCAACGAGCAUUUCCGUAUGAUGAGACCUACGAACUGGUCCCCACCGCCCGGCAGGCAAAGGCAUCGCUUCAAGAUCGGCGAUUCAGAUCUGGAUAACAAUUCGAUCAGAGAUCAUCGAAGAACGAUCUCAUCGGCGUCGACGGCAUCGUGGAACUCGACGAGCUCGUACGGAUCCUCGAAGAUCGAGAUUAACUCACCCGAGAGUAACAUUUGCAAGAUCACGGUGAGCCCGCGCUCGUCGCCACUGGUCCAUCGGUUGCAGAUUGGUCCGAAUUCUGGUCCGAAAGGUACCAGAAGAACAUCCAUCCUAAUCAAUGGCGAUCACAGUAUCAGCCCGGAAUCAGCGCCCGGCAACAAGGUGACCAUCAGCGUUGGCGGAGAAGAUAGCGUGUGCAAUCCAACAGUGAUCUCCGUGAACUCGGAGAAUCCGCCAAAGAUCCAGAGCUCCGUCGAGAAUCGCACUCUAGUUAUACUCGAGAAUUACAGGUCAAACAUCGUGGUCGAGUCAGCGAGCGACGAUUCACGUUCUAAGAAAGUCGGAAAAGGCAGUCGUGUUGAGGAUAAUGAGGUAAAUCUGAAGACGAACGGCGAAGCGUCACCCAGCGAGGAAACCUCAACUUACCAACACAUGGAGCUGACGAACCCCGAAAAGCAGAAGAGAUUGAGUGUCGAGUUUAAACCUUCCAACGCUAAUCAGUCCCCGAGGUACUACGCGUCCGACGAGAGGUCGAUUCGACCGGAAUCGAAAGCACGAUUGAAGGACAUCGAAGGUUCCUUCAAAUUGCCCGGCCUGUCGAAGGAAGCGCUGAUCUCGAAGCUACUUGAGGAUUCCCUGCGAAAAGCUCGCGAGAAUGGUGAAAUUCUCGAUGAGGACAGCGGCCAGGCUAUUCUGAAGAUCCUGAAGCAGAGCUUGUUGAAGAGCAAGGAGUACGAGAGCUCCGAGUCCACCAUCGACGCCAACUACUCGCGAUCGUCCAGUCUGAACUCAGACGGCGACUUUGUCUCGACGAAUCUAUUCCUCGAGGAAAAUCCUUACGAGGUGAUCAAGGAACCGAUCUACGAGGAGAUACCGGACGAACCGCCACCAUUACCCCUGAGCCCGCCACCCACAGAGGAUUACAUCAAGGACAGGAUCUAUUUCGGUGACGUCGAGUAUUACAAAAAAGUCGCGCCGGGUCAGUUCCUCGGUCCCUUUCUGUCCGAGGAGGUCUUCAAGAAGUCCAACUCGGAAGACUUGGCCGAAACUUACUUAUCUAAGAGUCCCGAGGACUUCUUCAAGAAGAUGUCGACCUCGCCCGAGGAUGAGAAUAGCAUCUCCACCAAGUUCGAGUUGCUGAAUUUCCUGAUGGACUCUAAAGAACGCGCGCGUCCUACGGAGGAGGACGAGGACGAGGACGAGGACGAAGAGGAUGACGCUGAGGGAGACCUGGAGGCUCUGUACGAGCAAAAGGAAACUAGCCUCGGCGAUCUCAGUUCUAAGAGCUCGCAGAUCUCUAACGUAUCCGACAGCAGCGAAGAGUGCAAUAUUAUCCUGACAAACUCGCCGGAGACGUUAAAGUCGAGAACGGUCGACAUAGAAAGAACCGAUAGUGGAGUAGGUUCUGAAAGCAGUCAAGCCAGCAGCACUCGCGGUGUUGCGAGACGAUGGAGAACGGGAAACGUUUCCUCUGGUCCGGGAAGCCUCCUGGGCGGAAUGCCGCAAGUAAUUUCCGGCGCCACAAAGCUGUGCGAGGAUUGCGAACAGCGACUGGAUCCUUUGAUAACGGACAGCGGCGUGGUUUAUGCGCCUUUCGUCUGCAGGAAGUGCUCGAAGAAGCGCGCGGAACGAAAAGAAAUCAUCACGGAAAUCGUGGAAACCGAACAGAAGUACGGCCGAGAUCUACAGAUCAUACUCGAAGAGUUUCAUCGGCCGAUGCUGAGAGCGGGCCUCCUCACGUCAGAACAGCUAUCGGCGAUCUUUCUGAACGUCGAGGAGCUGCUCGAACAUAAUCUGGCCUUAGCCGAGAAAUUAAAGGACAACGUGGAAUUCGCUCAGGAAUCCGGGGACGAGGAUCUCCUGACAGUGGACGUGGGCAAGAUAUUUCUCGAGUCGGAGAGGAUGCUCCACGCGUUCGAGAGCUACUGCACACGCCAGGGCAGCGCUAGUCUGUUAUUGCAAAAUUUAGAAAAGGAAAAGGAGCUUCUCCGCAUCUUUCUCAGGGUCUCUCAAAUGGAGAACACGGUUUUGCGUAGGAUGAAUCUGAACUCCUUUUUAAUGGUUCCUGUUCAAAGAGUCACGAAGUAUCCCCUGCUGCUUGCGCGUCUGCUCAAAGCAACACCUUCCGUCCGACCUGACAUCCAGGAAGCGAAAAAGAGACUCAAACAGGCACAAACCAAUAUAGAGCUACACUUAGAACAUAUGAAUGCUGAGGCAAAGGACGUUACAUCGACGAAAUUAUGGAGGAGAAUAUCAAUCAUUCAGAAUGGAAGACGGUCCAUUGGCGAACAGGACAUGGUGAACAUCAAGCUAAGAAAAAUGGCCGUCGAGAUCCUGGAGUGGGCUCACGAGGAGGCCAGGUUUGUUCUUGAGGGACGUCUUCUGGUAGCACAGCCAACCGAUAAUAAUUGGAGGCGCGGUCGAACGGUCAAACUCGCUCCUGUCACUGCCAUGCUUGUUACAAACGGCAAACCAAACGCCGAGUAUCCCGAAUUCAACGACGACUCGCUCUUUCCAAAACACAUAGGCAUCAAGGAAGCUACCCUACUCUUGGUCAAAGAGAAACUUGGACGAUACUCAUUGUUACGAGAGCCGUUAUAUCUUGAUAAGUGCAUAGUGUGUUGUGAAACGGAUCUGGAAGAUUAUUUCGAAGUACAGGAAUUGUCUUCCAAGGAGACGUUUAUAUUUAAGGUAAGGCGUGUCUGUAUUGCUUAUAUAUCUUCCAAUCUUCGAUCAAAGUUUAACGAAUUGAUAUUGAUUGGAAUAAAUUGGUGUGUUAUAGGCAGAAGAUGGCGCGAGGACGAAGCGUUGGUGCAGAACGUUACAGGCUCAUGCACAAUCCCUUGGUGCUUGGCGUAAACGUCGAGGGGCCCUUCCUAACAUCAUGAUUUGCGGCGUAGCAAGGAAUUAAUCAAGUCUUAGAUGUAAUAGAACGCGAUAUUAGGUGAUAUUGAAGAUAUAGUAUCCCGAACGGCGUGAACGAGAUCCUAAGCGAUUACAUGAUCUCCAUUGAUGUUAGUGAUGAUGAUUAAUGAAGAGAAGACACUGGACCAAAGGAUUUCCUCGACUUAUCGAUACGUUGUCGACGAGUGAUACGAAAGUCUAGUUCUUACCGGAUUCAAGGCGUGAGGUCGCCCGUAUUUGGUAUUGUUACAGUACGUUGCAGAGACUUGCGUUUCCUACGUCACUGUAAUUUGAAUGUUACGCGGCGCGCCGAGUCGCGCAUGCACGAUUUCAUCGAUUCCUAAUUAUUAAUAAAUAAUUUUAAAUACAUAUUUCUAAUAUAUAUGCCUGCAUAGGACUAUUUAAUAUCUACGAUUAUAUUCUUCAAAGACAAGCGACGAGUAGCUGUGAUAUCGACCGGUGUGUAUUGGGUAAUAGUUCUCUUUUCGCAAAUCAUUUCUGCGGAUAUUAAUCUUACGGAUAUACUGAUGUAUAUCUUAUCCGUCUUACCUUCCAUCUGCGAUUUUUUUACCAGUAUCGCGCGUUGCGGAAACGUCGAAAAUAGGGUAGACUUUCUAUUCUAGAUUUGAGUAAUAGGGUAAUAGGGUUCGCAGACUAAUAGUAUCGAGGAAACAAGAGUAUCAAGAAUACAGGGUGCCGUAUUGUGUAAACGGCGAAUAUUGACGUUUUGUAAAACUACGAAGGUAUUCUUCCUUCUAUCAUUAUUUUCCCAUUUUCAAGAUAAUUAACAGUAUUUUUACUAUAUCUAACACACACACACACACACACACACACACACACACACACACACACACACACACACACAAGCAAAUUGUAUAUUGUAUAUUUUAUUUAAGUGCUAAGCCAUAUAUAUCAUACAUGUAUAUAAAUGUAUAUUAUAACUCUCUCACAGUUCUAACUGAAGUUUAUUGUAACAAAUUAAUCUACUGCAUUACAAUUCGCGAUCUAAUAAAGUCCGAAAUACGAUGC